AUGCCAGUAGCAACAUCAACCACGCUCUCUGUAGCGUCGACCAGCGCGGAGGGGAAAAACAUCUGGGUCGCUGCGGGCGAAGGCGACCUCGCUCGCGUUCAGCAGUGCGUCGAUAUCGAACACAUCUCCCCCACCGCACCGGACGAGUUCACCUACACCCCCCUACACGCCGCCGCCUCCUACGGGCAUCUCGACAUCCUUCGUUUUCUAUUGUCACAUCCGUCUGCGCCGGAAAAGGCGGUGGAUACGACCGACGAAGACCUCGACACCCCCCUGUUCGUCUGCGAGACCGUCGAGACUGCCAGAUGUCUCAUCGAGGAGUUCGGCGCAGAUGCAAGGCAUAAGAACAGCGAAGGACUGACAGCGGCACAGCAGGCGAUGGAGAACGAACACGAGGACCUGGCACGGUACUUGGCGAGCGUCACGGGCGAGUCACUCGACGCAGCGGAGGAAGAGGAAGAGGAGGAGGAGGAAGUGACGGACGAGCCAGCUGCGACACAAACCGAGGAGGACGCCAGAAUCGACGCACAGACGGACGCGCUCAUGUCCAGGGUAGGCGAGAUCAUGACGAGGGCCGAGAGAGAGGGAAGGGACCCCGAGCCGGAGCUGCGCGAGCUCGUGAGCGAGUCUGUCCUGCGUCAGCUCGUAGAGGGUAUGAAUCGGUCGAACCCAUCCAACACCGACAACACUGAUACCCUCUGA